AAGAUAAAUAAACAAAUUUAUAAAUUUUCUGUUAGAGUAACAAUGACGUUUAAGAAACUUCUCUUCGUCUGCAUGGGUAAUUCUUGCAAUUCACCGAUGGCAGAGGCAAUCAUGCAGAAUCUGAUGGUGAAGACUAGUCUCUACUGGGAGAUUGAUAGCGCAGCAUUGCGAACUUGGAAUAUUGGAAGAAAGCCGCACAAGCGAUGUCUACGGGUUCUUCGAGAGCAUGGACUGCGCAGUGAUCGCUUUUGCAGGCUGUUGACCGUUAACGACUUUGACUACUUUGAUUAUAUCAUCGCCAUGAAUGAGCAUGUACACAAGGAACUGAUGCUCUGGGCAAAGGUGAAUCACGUUCAGAAGACCUCUCAUGUGAUCAUGAUUGGAUCGUAUGGGAAUAAUGGAGAAACCGUCUCGGUUAUCGAUCUAUCGCCAAUACGCAAGUUGAAAGCCUUUCGAUCCGCCUACUAUCAGAUUAAGGAUUGCUGCAAGCAAUUAAUACUCAGCCAACAGGUGAGAAUUGUGCGCUAUGACUUGCCCAGCACAGAAGAGGAGGACGAGCGAAAAUAUGAGAUGAUGAACCUAGCGAAUUCUCUGGAAUCCAGCCAGAGUGUGGACGAUUUAAGCGUAAAUUCCGCAAAGCAAUAUCCCUCAAAGAGCUCCCUGAGGACGUCAUGUUCAUUAAUCAAUUGCCAUAAGACAAAACUCUGUGAUAAUUGCGGUCAAAAUUUUCUAGCCACCCUCUAAAUACCUACAAGUGUGAGAAUAUGUGCCACCCAAUAAAAUUUCAUUAGUCUUGACAAUAAAUUCAAA